AUGUCGACACUCGAGGAGCUCGACGAUCUCGACCGCAGGGAAAAGGACGAUCGCAAGCGAGACGGUGGCCGAGAUGACGACCAGAAGAAUGGCAAGGAUGGCGAUGAGGUCAUGAAGGACAAGGACGAGGACGACAUCCUCGACGACGAGAUUCGAAGCCUCAGCACCCAAGACAUCCAAACGCGGAAGCGACUGCUCGAAAAUGACUCCCGCAUCAUGAAGAGCGAGCUGUCCCGGUUAUCGCACGAGAAGGCAGCCAUGGGCGAAAAGAUCAAGGACAACGUGGACAAGAUUGCCAACAACAGACAACUGCCCUACCUUGUCGGGAACGUCGUCGAGUUGCUUGACCUAGAUCCCACUGCCGAAUCGUCCGAGGAGGGUGCCAACAUCGACUUGGAUGCCACCAGAGUCGGCAAGUCGGCCGUCAUCAAGACUUCGACCCGGCAAACCAUCUUCCUUCCUCUGAUCGGCCUUGUGGAUUCCGACAAAUUGAAGCCUGGCGAUCUUAUUGGUGUCAACAAGGACUCUUACCUCAUCCUCGACACGCUUCCCGCCGAAUACGACAGUAGGGUCAAGGCCAUGGAGGUCGACGAAAAGCCAACGGAGCAGUACACCGAUGUCGGCGGCCUGGACAAGCAGAUUGAGGAAUUGGUCGAGGCUAUUGUGUGGCCGAUGAAAGAGGCCGACCGGUUCAAGAAGAUUGGCAUUAAGGCACCCAAGGGCGCGUUGAUGUACGGGCCUCCUGGGACAGGCAAGACGCUGCUAGCGAGGGCUUGUGCAGCCCAGACGGAUGCCACGUUCUUGAAGCUGGCCGGACCCCAGCUUGUUCAAAUGUUCAUCGGUGACGGCGCGAAACUGGUCCGCGACUGUUUUGCACUUGCAAAGGAGAAGGCGCCAGCCAUCAUCUUCAUUGACGAGCUGGACGCAGUAGGCACCAAGCGAUUCGACAGCGAAAAAAGCGGCGAUCGAGAAGUACAGCGCACCAUGUUGGAGCUUCUCAACCAGCUGGACGGCUUCGCGUCGGACGAUCGGAUCAAGGUAUUGGCGGCCACGAACCGAGUCGACGUGCUGGACCCGGCGCUGCUUCGUUCUGGGCGGCUGGAUCGCAAGAUUGAGUUCCCGUUGCCGAACGAGGAGGCGCGCGCGCAGAUCCUCAAGAUUCACUCGCGCAAGAUGAAGGUCGACCCAGGCGUCAACUGGGGAGAGCUGGCACGCAGUACAGACGAAUUCGGCGGAGCCAUGCUCAAGGCGGUAUGUGUCGAGGCAGGCAUGAUUGCGCUGCGUUCUGGCAAGAACAAGAUUGGACACGAGCACUACGUGGACGCGAUUGCCGAAGUGCAAGCCAAGAAGAAGGACACUGUCAACUUUUACGCAUGA